UGAUUACGGUAAAAACUGUGGAAACUCAUUGUAAUACUGAUAAUGCUGUUAAUUAAUAUUAUCGUAUUGUUUAACAACAGUAUUGAAUAUGUUCAAAUAAAACCAUUUAUUUUAUCAGUAAUAAAAAAAAAGGGAAAAAAGUAAAAUCGACACAAGCGUCGCCGUGUGAUUAAUUACAGAAAUAAAACUUGCCAUUCUCUACAGUGUUGUGUGUGUGUUUUUAUUGAUAUUAUUAUUUAUUAAAAAAUUGAUAAUUAUAGUAACAUUAUCAACUUACAUUACUCGUAACUUCCGGUUUAAUUUAUUUACUUUUACUAACCAAUUACGUUGAUCAAAAAUUUGAAUUUGAUUUCUAACCUUUACUCCAAAAAUAAAUUUGUUUUGAUGUAAAUAAUGAAACAUGAUAAAAUGAGUUAAACAUUCUAAAACAUGAAUUAAUUAAUACUCUUUAUAGUUACUUAUUCAACUUUAUCUUAAGUAGAAAUUAUAAAUAAUUUAAAAUCAUGUCUAACAUUGAACAUAAAAAUUCAAAUGAUCCUGAAGAAGUGAAUGUCACUGAGGAUCAUGGCUGUGAUAAUGAAACAUCAAGUUUACAAAUUCUUAAUGAAUUAAAGAAUUUAUAUAAAGAAAAAAUACAAAAUAUCGAUCCUAAUGAUGCUAAUAAAACCGAAAUCAAAAUGCAAAUUAUGAUGAAAUGGAUAGAAGAUUUAGACGCUCAAAAUACAAUGCUUGUACGAACCAUUGAAGAAUUAGAACAAGCUGCUUGCUGUAGAGUGAAAAUGUUAGAAGAAAAAUUGAAGCAAACAUCAUAUGUUUUAUCCGAAAAUAUGACACGUUAUACCCAGCCAUCACAUGAUAACUUAAACGAAUUAUCUAAUCGUAUAACUCAACUAGAAAAUGAUGAAAAAUAUUUGCAACGGAAAAUUGCGUAUCUUCAAAGUGAUAUAAGAGGCUUGUUGGAGUUAAUUAGAAGAGCAGAGGCAGAAAAACGUUGGAGACUUGAUGGAAUUCAAUUUUUUGAAAUACAACCUUCGGAUAUUCCAAUUCCAAUGACCUUAUCAAGACAGACUGCGGAUGACGGUGAAAAAAUUGAUUUCUCAAUGGGACAAUUACAAUCGCUUGACAACAGUGAAUCAAAAUCAUUAGAAUAUCAAUCUCAAUUGCAACAGAAAGUGAAUUAUUUAAAUAAAAAACUGCAGGUUAAAGAAGAUAUAACACAAAAACUUAUUUCAAAGUUUGAUUAUCUUAAGCAUCAAUUAAAAAAUCAAUCUUCAAAUGAUUUGAAUGAUCAGAAGAUUGUACAGAUUGCUCAAAUAUUGGAUUCUAUGAGAAGUGAAUUAAUAACAGAAAAAAAUGAAGAAAACUUUGAAAAGAAAGAAACAGCCAGCACGGAUGAUAUCGCUCUCCUGUCAGAGAAAAACGAUAAAAUUCUAAUAUUUAAAAAUGAACUUGAAGAAAAGAAACUGGAAAUAAAUCGACUUAACAAUAAAAUAAAUGCUUUGGAAAAGGAAUCUCAAGAGUCUAGAGAAGUUUUGACCCAAGAAGUAGCUGAGAAACAUGACACAAUUCUAUCCCUCAAAGACAAAAUAAUUAGCUUGGAAGAACAGCUGCGUCAAUCGAAAAUUCAGCUUCAAUUUAAAGUUGAUAUCAUCAAAGAAAUGCGCAAGAAUAUGAUAUCUUUGAAUUCUUCUUCUGACGGAUCAUCAAAGGCUUAUGUUAAUUCUAAUGCAUUAUCACAGAAGGUCAGUUGGAGUGAUGAAGUUUCAGAUGGGGACUCUGAGAAAGUAAAAACAGAGGAAACCUAUGAUCAUUAUGACGGUCAUACUAAUUCAGUAAUUGAUGAAAAAAUGAACAAGUUAAUAGAAAUAAGUAAAGAACAAUUUAAUUCUAUGGAAGAGUUCCGAAUUUGUACAGUUGAAGCACAAGCAGCGACUGAAGACUUACGAGAAGAACUUAACAGUUAUGUGAGUGGUUUGUACAGCCAACAGGAAUCAUUAAUUGAUUUGCACACAUCAUUUAAAAGAAUGUAUGAUGUUGUUGUUAAAACUAAAGAUGAUUUGUCAAACGCAAUAAAAAAUUUGAAAAUCCAAAUUGAAGAAAACGUUGUCAGUAACAAUACAAUUAUAUCAAGAGAAGUAAAAUUAAAGGAUAUUAAAAAUGAAAUUAAUGAAACACUUGCCAAAAUGAGUUCAAUGACUGAUCGUGAUGAAAUUUCUAGCGGUAGUACAUCCGCUACAGAAAUAGAAGUUUGUGAUAGAUUACUUAAUAGACUGAUUGAUGAAGUAGAUUAUGUUAUUUGUAACUUGGGUAUUCAUAUUUCGAAGGAAAAUUGUACUCUUACCAUCUUUGAUGAAGUUUAUGAUCAACUUAAUAAUAUUGAACGAAAUCUCAAGGAAUUACAGAACUAUACAAAUAUUGUUCUUCAAAAAAAUCACUGUACUCAGAUGGUAUCAGCAGAAAAAUCGGAAAAGCUCAAUAAGUUAGAAAAAGAAUUGGACUAUGCUCAUACUAAAAUGCAAGACGCUCUUGAAAAUAUAGUGUACUUAAAUAAGAAAAAAGAAUCUGAACAUUUUACUAACACUCAUCAGGCAUCAUACAGACGUGAAGAAGAUUCAUCUAGAUUUGCUGGACUAGAGCAAGUAAAAUUAGCAAUUAAUUCUAGGUAUGAUGAAGAUGAAUCACGAAGAAAUUCUCUAGUAGAUCAAUUAAAAUCGACAAUAAAUGCGAAGGACAAAAUGCUCGAGCACAAGGACGAAAUAAUUCGUAUUCAGAAAGAGACGAUUAGUAUGACGCAAGGAGAAGUGAAGGAUUUGCAAGCAAAGAUUGGUGCUCAAGCAAUUAUUAUAGAUCAAUAUGUCGAUGAACGAAAUAAUUUAUUAGAGCAGAACUCGUUGCAAAAGGAAACAAUUCGACACUUACAAAAUGCCAUCGUCCAAGCAAAAAAGAGUGUAAAUCGCCAACAACCACACAAAUCAGGAAUCGAUCUAGCUGUUAGUGACGUGUGGAGUCCAAUUACACCAACUGUGUUCAAUAAUGAUGAUGUGCAUGACGUUUGAAGCUAAACUAAAUCCCAUUAACUGAUAUAAGUACAUUAAUUAUAAUCUUAAGAGUACAAUAAUUCAGUACCUGUUCUAUUAUUAGGAAGUACUCCUGUUGAUUCUAAUUCUUCAUUGUAAUUAAAUAAAUGUUAGAUAAAUAUGACAUUAAGAAUAAUCAGCUCUUUGUUGUGUGUUAUUUAUGAUUGCCAUGAUUACAUAUAUGAGAGAAAAAUUUUCAUUGUUUUAUAAUUUUCUCAUAG